AUGGGGCCAAGGGCGUCCCUGAGCCGGCUCCGGGAGCUCUGCAGCCACUGGCUGCGGCCGGCUCUGCACACCAAGAAGCAGAUCCUGGAGCUGCUGGUGCUCGAGCAGUUCCUGAGCGUGUUGCCCCCUCACCUCCUGGCUCGGCUGCAGGGCCAGCAGCUCAGGGACGGCGAGGAGGUGGUGCUGCUGCUGGAGGGGGUCCAGAGGGAGUCCAGCACUGUGGGGCCGCUGGAUUUUAGUUUUAAUACUGGCAAGAACUGUCCCCGUGCAGACAUCACUUUGGAGGAACAGGGGGGCUCUUCCCAGGUCUCCAGUCACAGCCCCAAAAAGGAAGUGCCUUCAGAAGGACCUCCAUCCCUGGAACCACCAAAGGAACCCCUACCAUCCCAGCCAGGGCCUUCCAAGCCCGCUGAGCUGGAGACCUGGAGACAUCCCCCAAGUUCAAAGCAGCCACUGAGCCCAGGUCCCAAGAGGACAUUCCAGGCCAUGCAAGACACUGUCCCCCAGGGCCCUGUCCUGUGGCUGGAGGAAAACUCCCGAGAUCAGGAGCUGGCAGCUGUGCUGGAGUCCCUGACCUUUGAAGACAUCCCAGCAAAGAAGGCUUGGCCCGCACACCCUCUGGGAUUUGAAAACAGAACCCCCGAUGAGGAGUUUAAAGAGGAGCCCAAAGUGGUGGCCUGGCCUGCUACCGUCUCAACAGAGUCUGGGGCAGGUGGUCCUGGGGCGGCAGAAGAGCCCCAUGUUCAGUUGCUGGGGCCGGGACCUGAAGUGAGUUGCACCGGUGAAGAAGGGUCCCCUCCCCCCAGGAGCGACAUUCUGGAAGUCAGAGUGACUGGGGACUCCCCCAGGUCAGAGCCAGAGAUGGAAUUCAUCUGCACAGACUGCGGAGUGAGCUUCCGAGAGCUGGCCCGCCUGGAGGCGCACCAGCUGCGGUCUCACCCUGGCGCUCGAUCCUUUCGGUGCCAGUGCUGCGGGAAGACCUUCGGCCGGAGUUCCAUCCUCAAGCUGCACAUGCGCACGCACACGGACGAGCGGCCGCACGCCUGCCACCUCUGCGGCCACCGUUUCCGCCAGAGCUCACAUCUGAACAAACACCUUCAGACUCACUCCUCUGAGCCCGCCUUUCUGUGUGCCGAGUGCGGUCAGGGCUUCCAGCGCCGGGCCAACCUCAUGCAGCACCUGCUGGCACACGCCCAGGACCAGAAGUCCCCAUGCGUCCCCGAGACCAAGACCGAAGCGCGUGAGCUGACCGUCGUCCUGUGCUCUCACUGUGGCCAAACCUUCCAGCGCCGCUCCAGCCUCAAGCGCCACCUGCGGAUCCACGCCAAGGACAAGGGCCACCAGUGCUCCGAGUGCUCGGGCAGCGUGCGCCCGGGCCCCGAGCGCAGGCCUUACGUGUGCAGCGACUGUGGCAAGGCAUUCCGGCGCAGCGAGCACCUGGGGGCCCACCGGCGCGUGCACACGGGCGAGCGGCCCUUCUCCUGCCAGGUCUGCGGCCGCAGCUUCAGCCAGAGCUCGCAGCUGGUCUGCCACCAGCGGGUGCACACGGGCGAGAAGCCCUACAGCUGUCCGCACUGCGGGAAGCGCUUCGUGCGGCGGGCGGGUCUCGCCCGCCACCUCCUGACGCACGGCGGCCCGAGGCCCCACCAUUGCACCCAGUGCGGCAAGACCUUCAGCCAGACACAGGACCUCGCCCGCCACCGGCGCAGCCACACGGGCGAGAAGCCCUGCCGCUGCAGCGAGUGCGGCGAGGGCUUCAGCCAGAGCGCCCACCUGGCGCGCCACCAGCGCAUCCACACCGGGGAGAAGCCCCACGCCUGCGACACCUGCGGCUACCGCUUCCGCAACAGCUCCAACCUGGCCCGCCACCGCCGCAGCCACACUGGCGAGCGGCCCUACGGCUGCCCAACUUGCGGCCGCAGCUUCCGGCGCAACGCGCACCUGCAACGGCACCUGGCCACCCACGCGGGGGCGGGGACCGAGGCGGCGUCCAGGCAGGCUGAGCCCCCCCAGGAGUGCCGGGAGUGCGGCAAGAGCUUCAGCCGCAGCUGUAAUCUGCUGCGCCACAUGCUGGUGCACACCGGGGCCAGGCCCUACUCGUGCGCACAGUGUGGCCGCAGCUUCAGCCGCAACUCCCACCUGCUGCGCCACCUGCGAACCCACGCCCGCGAGACCCUGUACUAGCCUCACCUGGAUCCCCCGGGCCGGCUGUCCUGGACUCCCACUGUGUUAGUUCCCCACCCCACGCCACCCCCAGGCAUCUCUCCCUGGCCUCAGAGCUGUAUUUCCAAGUACCUAGAGUAAAACAGCCCUCUUGAAAACGACUCCUUAAUGUUUUUGAGAUCCACCAAAAUGCUGUGUGUUACCCUCACCACUGUGACAGGGAUGCCUUUCCCCUUCCCCACACCCCCGGCUCCUUCCACAGUACUCUAGAUAGAAGCAGGCCCAGAGAGAGUCCCGCCCACACACAUACACCCCAGGAAGGCCCAGAGUUGGGGGGGGUGUCAGAGGGAUGCCAACUGUCGGAGCCAGCUGUGAUUACCUAAGGCCACGGAAUGCCACCCUGGAAUUUUUCCUUCUCUGGAGUGUGCCCCCAACCUGUGCUGUCCAAUAGUAUCUCCAGCCAUAUGUGGCUGUUCGAAUUAAUUAAAAUAGAGUAAAGUUUAAAAUCCCAGAUUCUGGGUUCUUACAGGAAAUCUUGUUUUUGGAACGUGGGUAACUAGUUCUAAUUGAAGGUGCCAGCAGAUGAAACCUGCCUGAUGGCCAAGUCGGGCUAUCGGCUGAAGACCCCUCAUGAACCCGAACCCUGUACACCCAGAGCUGUUUGGGCUGAUUUCCCCACUUUUUUUUUUUUUAAGAUUUUAUUUUAUUUAUUUGACAGAGACAGACACAACCAGCGAGAGAGGGAACACAAGCAGGGGGAGUGGGAGAGGAAGAAGCAGGCUCCCAGCAGAAGAGCCUGACGUGGGGCUCGAUCCCAGAACUCCGGGAUUAUGCCCUGAGCCGAAGGCAGAUGCUUAAAACAACUGAGCCACCCAGGCGCCCCUGAUUUCCCCACUUCUACCUACCAGACAAUCUUGGCCUGUUCUCCACUCUAGAGAACAGAUUGUUUUUUUCCAAACUAAUGGACAGAUUUAAAAUCAUGUGACUUCUGUGAAGACCACAGGAAAGAAAACAGCCCUCCUCAGCUGCAGAGGACAUGCACACCCUUCCUGCUUCUGUCUGUGGCUUUUUUUACCCACACUCUUUUUUAAAUUCUCCUUGCCACUCCAACCUGGCAUGUAAUUGCUGUGUAGCAGAUGCUUGUGAACUUGAAGUAAACUCGUCAACAAGGGCUCAUAGGACUUGGGGAAAAUCCGCUCCCCGAUCUGGGAAAGUAGAGAUGGUUCUUGGGCACAAUUGAGUGGGAAGCUCUGAGCCUGGGGAAGGUCUAUGCUUUGGGGGGUUGGGAGGAAGAUUAGGUAGGGUACCAAGAGUCACUGGAUGUCACAAAACAAAUUACACUCGUGGAAGACCCCAGAGAAGAAAAUGUCAAGGACAUUUUCUUUUUUUUUUUUUUUAAGAUUUUAUUUAUUUAUUUGACAGAGAUAGAGACAGCCAGCGAGAGAGGGAGCACAAGCAGGGGGAGUGGGAGAG